AUGGCGCAGGAAGACACUUCAAUAGUUGUUGAGCGCUCUCUUACUCCAGGCCACAACAUUUCUGCCUCGAGUGAGAGCCGUCCUGCAAGCUCGUACACUCUUCACUCGAACUUUGCCGAUAGCGCAGUCGACAUGAAUGCGACUACACCGAUUGUAUCUCCCGACGUCUUUCUAAAGUCCCAAGCGAAUUACUUUGAACCUGAAGAACAUACCCUUCCUGUCAACGUCGAUCAAAGUCUGUCGGAUAAGAUGCGUAGACUGGCGGCUGUCGCCUGGACUCUGGAGCAGGACGACAGUAUGCCUGUAAAGAAGCGACGGAUGCUGCACGGCAUGCUGGAGCAGCUUGAAUCGUGUCUCGAGCACACGACUGGGGACGCCAGAGGAGAGGACAACGUUCAAGACGAUGUCGAUGAAACUGCUCAAUCCGACCCAACACGGGAAGAAGAGGCUGACCAGGAAGAGGAAGAUGUGUGGAUCGACGAAUCAGACCUGAUUGCAGUACGCAAUAGCCUGUCAGCCACAGUCAAGGCGAUGCGCAUGCGGUUCGAGGAGCAAUACCAUUUACACCAAUUGACUGCUCAGAAGCUGGAGGCAACAGCCCAAAGGUGUCUUGAUCAAGAGCGGAGAGCAGAAGACUUGCUGCGUAAGAUGCAGCAAUUACGUCUCGAAAAUCAUACUCUCGGAACAGCUAACGAUCAAUUACGUGACAAGUUGUCACACGUAGAAGAUGAAGCAGUCCGUAAUGAAGUUGCCGUCAAGGCCAUGAGCAGCGCCGUAAAAGGUCUCGAGGGCUGGAUUGACAACGCAAACCCGUCAUUUCAGCCAUCUAUGGCCCCAUCGACAAGCAAGCGGCAAAGAGUCGUUAUUAGGGGUAAAGGCCGAUUUCGUGGUCGGUAUCUUGUGGAUGAGGACGGCAAUGAAAUCGUGGCCGACAAUGCAGCAGACGCUGCUGUAGAGCAUCAAGAACUUCACGAGGGUGUGAAGGCAUGGCUCAGAGGCUUUCGUGACGUUGAAGAGGAAUUGAAAUACCACGAGCCGCUAGAUUCGCCAAACAGAAGCCCUACUCGGGGCAGAUUUCACACAGCUGAUCACAACGAAGCAGAUGACUGGGGAGAUUUUCAGAGUGGAGAGUCAUCGAGGUGA